AUGUCAGAUACAGAAGACACAAAAACCGAUCCAGAACAGAUAACAAGCCUCAUAAAUAGCAAAAGCAUCACAGUUGCAUUCAAGUUGAAUGGAAGAAACUACCCCCUUUGCUCUCGAUUGAUCAAAGUUAAGAUUGGAGGCCGAGGAGCCUACUCAUACAUCAGGAACGAGCCCCCGGAACCAGGAAGCAAAGGGUUCGAUGUGUGGGAGGAAAACGAAUUGGUGGUGUUCUCGUGGAUCGUUGACAACAUCGAGAAAGAUAUAAUUGCCGACUUCGCACACCAUCUGACUGCCAAAGCACUAUGGGACAGCCUUGCUGUGACCUUCGAAAACAAGGCCGACAAAUACCACAUCUACGACCUGGAAGAAAAGGCGAUAAACAUCAAACAAGGAAACCUCGAUCUGGAAACUUACUACCGGAGAAUCCACGGAUUAUGGAUAAACAUUGACAGAAGCCAGAAGCAGCCGAUUAGCUGUUGUGAUAAGGGAAUCGAUCAAUUUCGAACACACUCGAAUGAGAAACGAUUGAUUAAAUUUCUGACCGGAUUGAAUCAGGAGUACGAUUCGAUUCGGAGGGACAUCUUGAAGGAAGAACCGACCCCAUCAGUGGAGGCACCCUACGGAUGGGUGAAGACGGAGGCGGCUCGACGUCGAAUCAUGCCACCGGCAUCGCCCUCACCCACCGGAGAAGCCAACGGCAACAAUGCCGAUUCGUCAUUUGGGGGUGAAAUCGGACUUGGACUCGCGGCAAUCGGACAGAGCUCCGCCACCCAGAACCAGCGACCACCGUACCGCGACGCUCCACCGCGCCCCUCCGCCGCCAGCCUAACGGGAAAUCAACGCCCCGACACCUAA